AUGGCAGUUCGAGAAAUCAAUGGAGAACCGGCUUAUGAGGUUGAAGCUCUCCUUGACUAUAGAGGGGGAGAAGAUCAUUGGAAAAACAGAGAGUUUCUUGUAAAAUGGAAGGACUUUGGUCCAGAGGAUAACUCCUGGGAACCAAGACUGAACCUUCGAGUAAGCGUCGAAUUGCAGUUAUUUAUUUAGUCCUUCUAGUGCCCUGCCGUCCUCCGAUCCUUCUUGUUGAGUAAAGGCUUAACUGACGACACGUUAGUAAAGCGGAUGACCGCCAACCAAAAGCGGGCAGAGAAUCGAAGAAGGACAAGAACAGACCGCAGCUCGGUGUAAGUUUUAAGGAUGAAUGAGAAAGAAGGCGUUUAUCAACGGAGGCGUCAAAUUUUCUGCAUAACCGCUGACCUUCUCUUGUUGCAAUGACGCAACUAUAGCAGAAAUUUUGAGCCGAGACAGAAAUCUGUAUGAACACGCCUUGCUUACUUUUGUGUGCUUACUUUCACCUUUUCAGCCCCGAUGAUCUAAAACUCGAGCCCUCUGCAAUCAACGGUCUUGCUGAUCAUCUCGACAUCCGUCUGCCUACCAACGGUGCCUCCAUAAAUGCCCAGAGGUCAACGUCACCUUGUCUAACAGACCCUUCGUCCUCAAGAAACGACGAGAACGAGACCCCGUCCAAUUUUAAAAUGGAGGAAGAGGAAAUUCAAAUGAACAAUGAUGAUGAAGCCCAACAAGCCAUUGAGAAGAUUCAGAAAAAUAGAAAAAGAAGAUCAAAAUCUACAGCAGAUGACAGUGACAUUGAUGGAAACUUGGGAAUCAGUUCGGAGAAUAUCCCCGUCAACACACGUACAGUCCUCCAGGAUGUUGCCAGGAAUGCUACAGAUCAAGCCAGGGCUUCGUCAGAAGGUCAUGCAAUACCAUCCACAUCUCGAGGGCAUUCCGUUAGCUCGAAUCCGGAAGCCCGUGCUGUCAUUUCAUCCAUGACAGCGCCAAACAAGCUGAUUUUCAAACUCUCGGAAUCGACUGCAAAGAAUCUGCCGUAUGAAGCGACCUCAACACCGAUCAAGCAGAGAGACAAUCUUCCAUCUGUCGACAGUGGCUUCAACACAGCCUCUACUAGUCCUACUAUUGAGUCGGAUGCCACUUCAAAUUCGUCACCAAAGGUAUCCCCAUUAAAGAUUCGCAUGAUAGAGAAAAACCCAAUCUGUAAAAAGAAGACUCCAAAAAAUAAAGUUAAGAAAGGACCGAGAUCCUCAUGGGCAUCGAGAGUCAUUGAACAAUUACAGCAGUUGCCACCAAUGGAUGAACACAUCAAGAAGAACGUCGAACCGGCGGCUGAACCGCCAAGCAAGAUGAGAAAAGUUGGUGGUGAGAAGGAAGGUGAGAAGACCGACGUUUUCAAGUCUGCAGAAGACAUGGCAGACAAGGUAAGACACUCACCCCGCCUAGAAAAUUAGAGAUCAUCGGUUUUAUUUGCUGGAUCCUUGGCACGGUUGGAGGCCGGAAUUCUGUGAAGAAACGCAAUUUUCUCAGAAUUAUUUCAUUUCAUUUGUCAAUUGUGGCAUUUCGUUCGCACGAAACUACAAAAGGGGGCGGGCCAAAUUUCCCAUUCCAUUUUUUGUUUUUUUUUUUGUGACGUCCGUGGUCAGGCUGUGCAGGUUUCGCUGAAAAAAUACGAAAACUUGGGAAUUUAGAUUUUUCCGAUUUUUCACAGUUAUGGAAAAUCAUUUGCCCACGAUUAUCCAAACUUUGAACUUGAAGUUCGGAUUAUUCGACCAAAAAUUCGAAUCUGAAAAGAAUUCAGUCCAACUUGAUCUGUUCUUGCGAAAUCACGUAGUUAAUUUACUUUAUUUACUAAUUCCGCGCUCUUCAGCCCGGACCCUCAUCCGUUCCCAUCGUCGCAACGACUACCAAGUGCGUUCCUCCACCAACCACUGAUUCUUCCUUAUUGGGCAGGUUGGCCUAUUACUCCCUAUGUGAAGUCAAAGAUCCGGCUUUCCACUAUAAGCAAGAUAACGGCAAGCAGGACUACCGUCUCGAUUCAGAAGUCAAGAAGGAAUGUGUUACCGCGGCUGCUAAAAAGCUGCCAUAUUCGUACCGCGAAUUCAAGACAAAGGAGGGACCACAAGGCCUGUCACCCAUGGAAUCUCUCAACCUGGCCAUUAGUUUCAUGAAACUGCACAAAAAUGAAAAGCAAGUUGAUUUCCCAUUUUUGUUCUGAAUUUAGGCUGAUUUAACAAUCGGACGAUAUUUUUCGUCAGUCUGGUAUGGAGAAAUGAGAAAUCCUAGAAAAUGCUUCAUCCUACUCGAAUUGUAGCUUCGUCUUUUUUAUUUUUAUUUGUCGUUGUGAGGAUAAUAUUAUUAUCAAGCUUUUGACUACUUUUCGUAAAUUAUUUUUUAGCUCUGUCUAGAUCACUUAUUUUUUGGACCGCAAUGUUCGGUUUAUGUAUGCCAGAAAUCAGUCUUACAGUUUCUUAUCUCUAAAUUUGAGGUCUAGUAAUGUCUGGAAAAUCCGUCAUCAUGACACUUUUAUUUCCAAAUUUCCUUUUUCUCUAAAACCAUCCUUUUCCUUGUUUGGUCAUUUUGUUUUUAUUGCCAUCUUUAUCUUCUGUUUUGGGGGUCCCCUCGAACGGCCUCGUGGAGAUUGGUUGACCCCUCGAUUCCAAAAUCUCCGCGAAAAUUCCGGCUCUAAUUUUCCCUUCGUUCCUUUCUCUGCUCACUCUGCCGCUCUCUCCGCCCAUUGAAUUCUCUCGGAAUGCGCGCUUUCGAUUCGAAAAAGAGGGCCUUCCCGCCAAUUCUGUAACGCGCUCUCUUUAUUUCGCAAUCUAUCGAGUGUGUGUCUUGAAGAUAAAAGUGUCUAACAAGGGAAUGGUCCCAACGAUCCGUGGGAUCCGAAAAUGAAACCUCGAUAUUCUGAAAGAGCAGGUAAAAUUUAGUAGGAAUCCGUUUUUUCUACUUGCCGAAUAAGUCUGUGCGACGAGAAAUAUCGUCGAAAAGAUCCGACCAAAAAAUCGAACGAGAGAAAAGACGAACCGAAAGGCCUUCGAAGGCGUAACCAAAUAGUCUAGUGGAAAAAGUUCCACGCACAAAUCUUUUGGGGGAGGGAGGCCUUGGAGGUUCGAGUCCACCCGGAGCCGGACAUCUCCGGGUUUGAACCUACUUGUUCAUUACUGUAUUCUACAGUUAUACAAAAAAAAUUUUUUUUGUUUAACCUGUUUUACAAGGUUUUUUGCAUCCGAAGCCGUGGCAAUCACUGGUCAUUACCUCUUUUUAUGAUGCCGUCAGGUCCGAAGUUCCAAAGAAGACAAAUUUAUGCAAAUUUAUACCUUCCGGGCAGAAUUUAACAAAAAUAAUUUGGGCAUUUGUUAAACACAUUUCCACGGCCAAUUUAAACGAAAAAACUCAAAAUAGAUUUUUUCGUAAAUAUUCACGGGGUCUACUACACGCUGAUGCAAGGACCCAAAAAUUCUCUUUUCAACUUUUCUUGCAAAAUUUUAUGAAAAGGUCAGAUUUUGGCAACAUCCUUUUUGGGAAACCGAUAAAGAUCUGCAAGAUCCUAUACAAACUUCCAGAAUCGAGUAGAAGUGUCUUGAAAAUACCACUAUGUCGACAUCGGGCUUAUCAAAAAUAUUGCCGAAGUGUCAACUUUUCUUAAUAUUUUGCAACAAACCUUGCAAAACAGGUCAAUAAACAAAAAAAAUUUUUUUGUAUAACUGUAGAAUACAGUAAUGAACACGUAGGUUCAAAUCCGGAGAUGUCCGGCUCCGGGUGGACUCGAACCUCCAAGGCCUCCCUCCCCCAAAAGAUUUGUGCGUGGAACAUUUUCCACUAGACUAUUUGGUGACGUCUUCCAAGGGCUUUCGGUUCGUCUUUUCUCUCUUUCGAUUUUUUGGUCGGAUCUUUUCGUCGAUAUUUCUCGUCGCACAGACUUAUUCGGCAAGUAGAAAAAACGGAUUCCUACUAAAUUUUACCUGCUCUUUCAGAAUAUCUAGGUUUCAUUUGUGGAUCCCACGGAUCGUUGGGACCAUUCCCUUGUAAAAGCGCGCUUUUUCGGCCCUUUGCAUUCAAAAAAGCGUUCAAAUGAAGCUAACGGAAUUCCUCUGGCGCUCUCUUCGGAUUGCGUUUUCUCUUGGGGGCUAAGGCAGUACAAAGUUAUGUGUCAUUUGUUAUGAUUUGUUAUGAGUCAUCUAAAAAAUGAGUUGUUGCGAAAUUGUCUUUCCUCGCCUUUCAUACGUCAUAUUAGAAAAGAAAAACAGAAAGUAAAGUCAUCCAAAGUAACAUACAGUAUAUAAAAAAUAUUGUAUUGUUGUCUAAUAAAGACAUUUUUAGAAAAGAGCAAUAA